ACCAACCACAUCUAGCAGGCAGGAUGGCCGGCAAACAUGCAAAUGAUGGGCCGACAAAGCUGAGGAUUAUCCUCGUUGGGAAGACUGGAGCUGGGAAGACUUCAACCAUCAACACGUUCCUGGGUAAACCUGCUGUGAAGAAGAACCGCCUUCUCUCAGACACAACACCAUGCAAGACGGAGACAGCACAGUUUGGAGACCAAGAACUGGUUUUAGUUGAUACUCCUGGUCUGUGCCACACCAACUAUAAAAAAGAGGAAGUGCUGAAUAAGAUCACUGCAUCCGUGUUUGAGGCUGAUCAGGGUCCUCAUGUGUUCCUGUAUGUGCAAAAAUGGGAGGGAGAUAACACACAAGACGAGAAACGAGUGGAAGCCCUGAAGAAGAUGUUUGGCGACGCGUCAGGGCCUUACUUUUUCCUCUUGAUGACUGUAGAUGGAGCUGAGGAUGAGGAUGAGAUAACAAAGUUUACUCAGAGAGUUGGUUUUAAAACAGAGAACUACUGUGUCCUUAACAACAAAGGUGAAAAAGACCAGAAAACUGAAAAGGUAAAGGAGCUGGUGGACAAAAUCAAUCAGGUGGUGCAAACUAACAAGGCAGAGGGCAAAGAAUAUUACACCAAGGAAAUGUUGGAAGAACAUAAGAACAGGCUGAAACCAACAUAUCAGGUCAGUGAUGCAAACAGGGAACUGACCUCUGUGGUGGGGGGCUUGUUAGCUUCUAUGCUGGGUGAAGAAUUAGCUCAGAAAGUGAUACAGUUUAAUUCUUACCUGGCAAAGGAGUGUGAUGAAUGGCUCUGACUGUAGCCGUGCAACAGCCACUUACAACAUCCAGCACGAUGAAAAGGAUCAGCGAGGGUCAUGAGACUUUUUCUUAAACUGAUUAUGUGACUUAAAGCCUUCAGACUGAGUUUGAAGAAACGACAUUAAACAUCCUUUGAUGCAUUAACGACCAUCCAGCCCUGUUUUAAUGCAGCGCCGCCCGAAGAUCACGAGCGUCCAAACCUGAUGAACGAUGUUGUUGCACAGAGCGUCUCUGAGUGUUGAUGUCACUGUGCUGUAGCUGAUGAUGAGCAUUAUUCUGAAAUUGUUCUCCAGUUUGUAGAUGCAGGUUUGUGCUGAUUGGUGAGCUUUUAUUUCUGACGCUGCGUCUCUCACCCUGAUCGAGACAACCAGCGGUUUCCUCUCAGUACCUCUGAGACGUGUUGACAUCGUUAUUUCAUAUGUAUUCUUCAUGAUUUUUAAUGUUCCCCUUCUGUUUUUCUUCACAUUUGAAUGUUUUUGGAGUUA